ACGUCAGCGAAUAAUGUGAAAGAUCCUGCACACGGAAGUAAGGAAAACCUAAACUUUGUACAGUUUUCUCCCAUAAUGACAGCUAUCAGUUUAUACAUUUCUACAUGUAGAUAUGUAAUGCAGGCCGACGCGGCUGACCACGAUUCGUGGACAGACUUGUAUCGUUAUCUACCAUAUCUUCGUCAAGCUCUAUCAUGUUGUGUGUGCGGGAACAUCAUUUCUAAGCCUCGUGGACCAAGUCACAGCGAAUGUCUACACAAUGUAUGCACUCACUGUGUGGGAGGUAAGAUGAGGUUGAAACCUUCAUGUAGUUGGUGUAAGGACUAUGUCGACUUUCGAGACAAUACACAUUUGAGGAUAUUGGUGCUUUGUUUUCAAAAGCUGUGCGAAUACAUUUAUGCCACACAGAUUUGGACAGAGCUUACUGUGUCUUCGCCUAAUGGUGAGACAAAUCCACUGGUAUCUAUUAUCAAAGAAGCCAUGGCAUUUGAAGAUGACUAUGUGUCAAAUACUCACAUUCCAAAUCUACCUAUGGCAAUGCCAGUUUUGACACCUGCCACAAUUAAACCAGUAAGAAAGAAGCAUAGUUCCAACAGAGAACAGCCAGCAGAUGACGUCAGUGAGGGGUCAUCACAAGACCCCCCGACUCUCUCUCCCGAGUGUGACACCAGUCCGUUUGAAAAGGAUGGCACAAAAACUUGCUCAAGUAAAGAUGAUAAAAGUGCACAUAUUGGUUUAGGGUGUGAUUCUGUGCCAGUUCAUGUACAUCAAGACAUGAGUCAGGUUAAAUUGGGAGUGGAUGCAUACAUGGGAAGGAGUCACCAUGUAAGUUGCAAACACAAGUCUGAAAAACAGCUUGAAGUACAUGCUGAAGAAGUAAGGAGCAAGUCUUGGAAAAAUCAACGUUCUAACAGUCAGGAUAAUAUCUUUGAACCACCAAGUAAACGGACACGAGCAUCCUCUCUUCCAACUGGUUCAGAACUGUCCAGAAAAGUAUGUAGAUGUGCUCGAAAUAAUCCUCCAAAUCGGUUGACAUGCCUUGGUCAGAGAUGUCCAUGUUACAGCUCCAGAGUGCCAUGUAUUGGCUGUAUGUGCAGAGGAUGUCGGAAUCCGAGAAAAUUAGACUUCAAGGUUCUCACUGACCCUGACUGUGGUCACUAUGACAAUGCAUGUGGAACUGGUAUAAAUUUGUGAACUUCUGGUUAUGUGUUGCACAAUGUUAUAUUCUUGUGACCAAAAUGAUCUGCAAGUGAUAAUCAGAUUAAAUUUUGAUUUUGCUGUUUCAUAAACAUGAUGAAUAAGAAGUUCUCAAACAAUAUUAAAUUCUGUUUCUGAAAAUUCAGUUUGAGUAUUUCUUUUUGGUCAGGAUAGUUUUACUGUUGUGUUAGCAAGUAUAUAGUUGCAAAAUGCAUAAAAUUAACUCAAGUUCAGAUGGAAAGUGCUUGUUUUUACAAAGUUGUUUUUGUUGAUUUGUAUAAAUAUAGACACAUGACAGAGGUGUGAGGGUUUUAGUCAACUUGAGAUGUUUACAGGAUGACUUAUUGCUAAAAAAUUAAGUGAGUUUCAGUUGUGGCAAGUUGUCCGUCGCCCAUCCUUUUAAUUGUUGUUCCAUCGCUAAUUUUUGGUUUUUAGAUUUUAGACAACAGAUUGUGAAACAGCAAGGUCGAUGGAGCUGAAACUUUGUAAUGAUUGUAGGUGUGAUGUCUCUAAAAUGUGCUCACAUAAUUACAAUCUGAUCAUAACUCCGCCACUGUGGGGGCCAUAUUGAAACAUUUCAAUAUUGGUAAUAAGUGCAGGUGUUGUUAUGAAAUUGCAGUGUGCUUCUGGGAUUGUAUUAGCCAGUCUAUAGCCCUGGUCCAGUAAACAUGGUAAAAAUCUGUUUUGUAUGGUAAGUUCAGCUGAAUAAAGCAAAGUAUGAAAUGUUUAA